UGCUCGAUUGUGGAUCGUGGACUGAGCGUGCUUGGGUGAAAGGCGUGGUUUUCGAGUGCAAAAUGACCGACAAGAACGAUGUGCUAACCCUGCUGCAACGGCCCCUGGAACCGACAUUUUACCCGAAAGACGAUGGCAAAACCAUUCUGGAGCUCCCGGAGAGUUUUCUCACCGAUCGUUACCGUCCGCUGGGUGAUGAUCUGCAGACUCGUUUCAGCAAUGAUGUGGAUGUGAGGAUUCCGGUGCGAGACGUUACCAAACCGGACAUCGCCUAUGCCGAGCAGGUUCCCAAGCAUGGAGCCUUUUCGUUAUUCAUUCAAAAGCAUCGAGAGAUUUCGGGACGUUUGAUUGAGCUAUUCCUGAGACAACCCGAUAUACCCUCGCUGAUUGCUGUGGGGGCAUACUGUCGAGAACGUCUCAAUCCUUAUCUGUUUCAGUAUGCAUUUGCUGUUGCCGUUCAGCAUCGACCCGAUACGAAUAGCGUCAAUCUGCCAUCGGUUCUGGAACUAUUUCCGGAUCAGUUUGUCGACCCGUCCGUUUUCCCCAAGCUACGCGAGGAGGGUAAAGUCGUUUUGCAGAAAAAUCGGGUCGCUGUUGACCUACCGAUGAACUACACAGCGUCAGAUCGAGAGGACGAGCAACGUCUUGCCUACUUCAGAGAGGAUAUUGGCGUCAAUCUCCACCAUUGGCAUUGGCAUUUGGUAUACCCGACAGCUGGUCCAGUUGAAGUCAUUGACAAAGAUCGGCGAGGAGAGCUGUUCUUCUAUAUGCACCAGCAGCUGAUCCAUCGCUACAAUGUGGAACGUUUCGCAAAUUCACUGGAACGAGUAAAGACGAUGCAUCACUUCCGGGAUCGCAUUCCGGAAGCUUACUUCCCGAAAAUGGUACGCAGCACAGACUUGCGUCCAUAUGCCGCACGACCUCAAGACUUUGUGCUGAAGGAUAUCAAUAGAAACGUUGAAGGAUUGAAGUUUACAAUUGGAGAAAUGGAACAGUGGCGAGAUCGAAUCUACGCUGCAAUCGACGCCGGAUAUGUUACGGAUAAAUCUGGUAAAAACAUUCCUUUGGAUGAGAAAAAAGGUAUCGAUAUCUUGUCAAACAUCGUAGAAGCAUCCGAUCUAUCAAUCAAUCCCCAGUACUACGGAAAUCUUCACAUAUCCGGUCAUAUAGCGAUCGCUUUUUGCCACGAUCCUGAAGACACGUUCCUGGAACCGUACGGAAUCAUGGGAGACGUUGCUACCGCCAUGCGUGAUCCAACAUUCUACCGGUGGCAUGCGUUCAUCGAUGAUGUUCUUGUUCGUCACAAAAAUCUUCUCACUCCAUACACGCCAAACGAUCUUUCGUACCCAGGAAUAACCGUUACAGGUGUAAACGCUAUGUUGAAUCGAGCCAAGGCACCUCCAAAUGUUUUGCUCACUUAUUGGCAACGAUCCAAUGUUGACUUAGCAGCAGGUUUAGAUUUUGGACCCAAGGGAAGUGUCUUUGCCACUUUUACGCACCUUCAACACGCUCCAUUUUCCUUCAACAUUGACGUCAAUAAUAGCCAUUCGGAACCUAAAAGGGGAACAGUCCGAAUCUUUUUGGGACCCAAAGGCGACGAUCGCAAUUUACCACUGAAAUUUGAAGAAUGGAGAGGAUACGUGAUCGAGAUGGAUAAAUUCGAAGUCAACCUCCUGCCGGGAGCGAACAGAAUAACGAGAAAAUCGGAUCAAUCCAGUGUCACCAUCUCGUACAACCGAAUGUUCCGGCCGAUCCUGACCGAGAAAGAACUUCCCAACAAGGAUGAUCUGAACCAGUUCCGUUUUUGUGGCUGUGGAUGGCCCGAGCACAUGCUACUUCCAAAGGGGACCCCCGAAGGCAUGCAAUUCGAUCUUUUCGUCAUGGUAUCGAACAUUCUGGGCGACAAAGCUGGACCCGAUUUUGACGAAAACGUUAACUGCAACGAUUCACAUUCGUUCUGUGGUUUGAGGGAUCGAGUUUAUCCGGACGCGAGGACCAUGGGAUUCCCGUUCGACCGGAAAUCACCGAGCACCGUUACGACCCUGCAGGAAUAUAUGGCACCGAACAGCAAUAUGCGAGCAACCGACGUUAAAAUUACGUUCCGAAACUCGGUGAUAGCGAGAACUUAAAUUAGCGGUGAUUCAAUGUUAUAAUGUUUGAUUGUAAAUAAAACUAUUUUGUCGUGGUUA